CUAUUCAACACUAUUGGGGGGUAUUUUAUUGUACGUCGCGACGUCUUUGCAAGGUCAUAUAUUCAGAAAGCAAUAUGAGAAUGUCAAGAAUCAAAGAUGGAUCUCCAGAUGGACUUUCAGAGAAUCAGACUCUGCUUCUUAUGAACGACACCAUGUCUGGCAACUUUCAUGCCAAUGUGUCACCAAGGAGAGAAUCACGGAAGCCAAUGGGAGAGCAGAGUUUUAGUGUACCAGUUCUGAGGUUAGAAUUCAUGAGUAUUAGGCCACAGUCAGUGGAUUACACCAACAGAGUUAAAAGAGGCUCAUCCUCAGAGGCAGGCGUGUCUAAAAUGGUGUCUAAAGAAGGAGGAAGGAACACGUUAUCCCGCUACAACAAUCCCAGUGGACAAAGAGGUUUAUUCAAAUUAAUUCCGACAAAAGUGGCAUUGGUGUCAAACCAGGCAAGAGCGAUUUCACACUCCGUCAAGAAAACAAAAGCAACUAGGCCAAGUAAAUCAGAAGUUCCUGAAUUGAUUCAGACAGGCCACACACCGCAGAUACCUACCCCAUCAAGUCAUCCCACUUUGCCUGCCAAGUCAAUUAAAUUAACUGUGCAAAGCAAACCAGGUGAGUCUGUGAAAUCAACUAAAUCGAGCGGGGCAGGAAAGUCAGUCCAACCAACGUUGGCAAGCAAAUCAAGGGAUCCAGAGAAACAAUCGGAACCACAAAAGCCAAGGGAAGCAACAAAGACACACAAGCCAGGUGAAUCCAUGGAAGUGCCUGAGUCGAGCACAGCAGGGGAAGAGUCAAAAGAAUCAUCUAAGAAAGUAGAGCACGCAGGACCAACAGUGCCAAGCAAAUUGAUCAAAUCCAUAGAACAAUCUGAGCCAAAACAAUCUACAGAAUCCAUAAUACCAACUGAGUUCAGGAAAUUCAGCAAAUUGAAUGACCCAGCAGAUUUAACCAACCUGAGGGGAUCUGUGGAAGAAAUACAUUCCAGUAGGUUCAACAAAUCAACAGAAUCGAGCAGAGCUAUUGAAUUAAUAGACCUGAUCCAGUCAAACCCACUUAGGAAAUCCAUGGGACCAAUUCAAUCAAGCAGAUUCCAAGAAUUCAUGGAACCAACAGAGCCAAGCAAACUUCCGAGGUUCACAGAGCAAGUGAACUCCAGCAAACACAGCAGAUCAGUGAACCUAGUCAAACUGAGGAAACUUGAAACAUUAACAGAACUACCCAAGUUAAGAACACAGCGGAAACCCAUGAAAUUUAGUAGGUUCAAAAAUUCCCGGACUUCUUUGGAACCAAUGAAGUCGGGCAAAAACAGGAAACCAGUAGAGUUAAGAACAUUUCUGGAAUCUGUAGACCCAACAGAGUCAAUCACAUUUUCUGAAUUUGUAGAACCAACAGAGUCAAGUAAAGUUAUGGAGUUCGUAGAACCAACUGAGCCAAGCAAAGUUAUGGAAUUUGUAGAACCACCGGAAUCGAACAAAUCUGCUGAAUUUGUGAGACCAAAUUGGUCAAACAAGUCUGUGAAAUUUGUAGAACCAACUGAGUCAACCAAACUCAAGGUGUAUACGGAAUCCAUUGAUUCUAGAAAACCCACUGAAUCCACAAACUUGCGCAAAGUUGAAAAGUCGAAUGCACAAAUUAAGUUGGGUACAUUUGGCCAUUUCAUGGUACCAAAAAAGUCAAAUAUACCGGUAAAAUUGGUGGAACUAACAGAAUCGAGUAAAUUCAUAGAAACUAUUAAACAAAUAGAGUCAAGCAAAAUUGGAGAACCCAUAGAGUCAGCUGAGUCAACAAAAUCUAUGGAAUCCGUUGGACCAGAAGUGUUGGAACAAGUUAAUGAAUCCACACGACAAACAGAGUCCAGUACUUCUGAUGAGUUGAUGGAGUCAACAGAUUCAGGCAAGCCAGACGAAUCUGUUGAAUCAAUAAAACCAAGCAUACCAGAGAAACCAGAAGACAUCAGCGGGUCGAUAAUGUCUGGAGACCAGAUAGAGUCAAACCAGCCAGUUAAAAGUAUCAAAGAAACAGAACCAGUUGAGCCAACGGACCAAAAUACAUCACGAAACAAUGUAACAGAGUCUGUGUAUAUAUUUGGACCCAACAUCUCAAUAACACCAACUCCAUCAUCAAUUAUAUCAGAAGAAUCUUUGACCAAUGUUACUGAGCCACUUACUGUGUUAGACCCAAAUCAAUUAAUGGAGCCAACACAACCAACACAUUCAUUUCUGAGGCCCAUCCUUUUUACAGAAGUUCCGCUAACCCGUGAUACCACACAGCCAGACAUCCGCACGUGGACUUCAACCGAGAGUGUAACACCAGCCAUAUCACUGGAGCUGGAUGUGGCAGCAGAGCAUCAAGAAAUAGCUGAAAGUCCAAAAACACCAAAUGUGGAAUUAUUAACAUCAAUAAAUUUAACUGACUUACCAAAACGAGUGUCAGGCAUUGAAGCGAUGGUAACUGAUUCAUCUCUGGAGCCCAGCCCUGGCCUGUCUCCUGAUGAAUGCCUAGAUGCAAAUUCAGAAAAGAAUCGUACAACUGACGCGUUAAAUGAUACCACUAAGACAACUCAUGCAUCCUACUGCCAGGACAUUCUAACCGGCACUACAGGUGGUUCAACCAGCUCUGUGCCAUCAAAAAGAAGGAAACCCCAACAGAACACCACUCAAGAGCUACAGGUAAGGGAGUCUACCAUUCUAUAUUAAAGACCCUGUCACAUCAUGCGAUCUGUCCAACAAUUUUCAUUUGUCG